AAGUAACGCGGCGCCACCACCGCACACCACACCACACCACACCGUCGCGCCCGUCUCCCGUCCUCCACCGACCCCGCCGCGGCCGCCCCGCGUGCCCGAAACGCCACGCUGCCUUCUAACCCCCUUCCGAUUUUAAAUGCCACCGAGGCCCACGCCGGCGCCGGGGCAGCUGCCACGCCCGCGCCCGCCCCCGCUGAUGCCGGUGGCGAAGAGGCCGCCCGCUCCGUGGGCGCUGGCCCUCCCGGCCGGCCGCCGCGCGCGCGCCCGCCUCUGCCUCCGCCUCGCCGCGCCGCUCUCCUUCCUGCUCCUCCUCGCGGCGUUCCUCCGCACCCAGCCCCCGGCCGCGCCGCUCGACGCGCUGCCGCCCUCCGCUGGGCCGGGGAAGGUGGCCUUCCUCUUCCUCGCCCGCGCCGGCCUGCCGCUCGACUUCCUCUGGGACGCCUUCUUCCGCAAUGGGGAGGAGGGGAGGUUCUCCGUGUACGUGCACUCGGCGCCGGGGUUCGUCCUUGACCGCACCACCACCGGAUCGCCGUACUUCUACGGCCGUCAACUCGCGAGGACCGUCAAGGUGGCGUGGGGCGAACCAACCAUGGUCCAGGCUGAGAAGAUGUUGUUCGCCGCCGCGCUUGAAGAUCCCGCCAACCAGCGAUUUGUUUUGCUCUCGGAUAGUUGUGUUCCUUUGUACAACUUCAGCUACACAUAUACUUACUUGAUGGGUUCACCUAAAAGUAUUGUGGAUAGUUUCACUGACAAGACAGAGAAGCGCUAUAAUCCAAACAUGUCUCCCGUCAUUCGAAAGGAUAAAUGGAGGAAAGGAUCCCAGUGGGUAAUGUUAAUCAGAAAACACGCAGAGGUUGUUGUUGGCGACAAGCAUGUCUUUCAAGUAUUCAGAAAGCAAUGUAAGAUGGUUGUGACCAAUGCUUUGCUUGGACAAAAGCUGGUGAAUGCUAGACGACUAGGAUUUGUAUUUCGGCGAAAGCAGAUAUUGAAAGGAGCUGCCCAGGAGGAGCACGAUUGUAUUCCGGAUGAACACUAUGUGCAGACAUUAUUUUCUAUCAGAGGACUGGAAGAUGAACUUGAAAGGAGAACUUUGACCUAUACAUCAUGGAACCAGUCAACUUUAGAUCCUAAAGAUAAAAUGACUUGGCAUCCAACGACAUUUGAAUAUGACGCAGCAAGUCCUGAGCAGAUCAAUGCUAUAAAGAGUAUCGAUCAUGUGAACUAUGAGGUGGAACACAGGACUGAGUGGUGCAAAUCCAACGGCACAUCUGUCCCAUGUUUCUUAUUUGCCAGAAAGUUCUCAUAUGGCGCCGCGAUGCAUCUGUUGGAGGAUGGUGCUUUUGGUCUGCUAAAAUCUGCUCAACUACUGGUUAACUUUUAACAAAUUCUCUUGUAUACGAGCCAUCAUUUUUCGUCUGGGUGGAUCAGUUCAUAGCCAGGUCCAGCUUCGUUGUUUGCAGUAGCAUUUGCAGCUGAAGCUACUCAGCGAUGGAGUACCAUAGUGUACUGCUAGGAUUUAGAUUGUGUAUAGAUCAUCGGAUCGGAGCAGAGUAGGUUAUUAUUGUACAGAGCAUCAUUGAAGUAUGGGAAUAGCAUCAGGAUGCAAUCUCCAACUUACAGACUGAGGCUGGGACGCGGUGUCAACGGCUCCAUCCGUGACAAACAAUGAAGCAUACAAAUAUAAAGGAGAAUCUGUCGCAAUGGUUUACUAUCAGUGUAGGAAAGGUGCAGCAAUAAUUUUGUGUCAAUGAUCUUAUACAUACAAAAAAUAGAAGAACAAAACAGAAAGGAAGUACAUUUCUUAUAUUUUUAUUCUUUUACAUUGAAAAAUGCUUCAUUGUUCAGUACAA